UCAAAACAUACCCAUUUUCAACCUAACACACACACACAAUUUGAAUCUAUAUUUUUUGUCCAGUACUAGGGUUUAUAUAUAUAUGGAUUAUAAAAGAAGUACAAGUUCAAUGACUCCGGAUCAUAGCGGAAAAGUAGGUGUCGGAAUGGGGGCUGCCCCGUUGCCGUUUUAUACUCCGAGACCAGAACGUAGACGUCCUGUUGAUUCGAGAAGUAUCGAUUGGGGUUCUUCCAAUAAAAACGAUAAAGAUCGCGGUGAAGUUAAUAUCCAAGUUUUGCUUCGAUGCAGGCCGUUAAGUGAUGAAGAACAAAAGUGCAAUGUACCAAAGGUAAUAACUUGUAAUGAGCACAAAAGAGAAGUAUCGAUAUUGCAGAAUGUUGCUAACAAGCAAGUGGACAAAAUGUUUACCUUUGACAAGGUUUUUGGGCCUAAAGCACAGCAAAGAUCAAUAUAUGACCAAGCGAUUUUUCCUAUUGUAAAUGAAGUUCUCGAGGGCUUCAACUGCACGGUCUUUGCAUAUGGACAGACUGGGACGGGAAAAACAUAUACCAUGGAGGGAGGAAUGAGAAAUAAGGGUGGAGAGUUGCCUGCUGAGGCUGGAGUAAUUCCAAGAGCAGUUCGGCAAAUUUUUGAUACAUUAGAGGCUCAGAAUGCUGAUUAUAGUAUGAAGGUUACUUUCUUGGAACUUUACAAUGAAGAAAUAGUAGAUCUUCUUACCACAGAAGACUACUCCAGAUCUUUUGAGGAGAGGCAAAAGAAGCCCAUUUCGUUGAUGGAAGAUGGGAAAGGCUGUGUACUUGUAAGAGGUUUGGAAGAAGAAGCUGUAUACAGUGCCAAUGAUAUAUAUAAUCUCUUGGAACGAGGUGCAGCCAAAAGACGAACAGCAGACACCUUAUUAAACAAGCGAAGCAGUCGUUCUCAUUCAGUCUUUACAAUAACUGUACAUAUCAAACAAGCAACUAUUGGUAGUGAGGAGCUCAUUAAAUAUGGAAAGCUUAAUCUUGUUGAUUUAGCAGGAUCAGAAAAUAUUUCUCGCUCAGGUGCCCGAGAUGGUAGAGCACGGGAAGCUGGGGAAAUAAACAAGAGCUUGCUCACAUUGGGCCGCGUCAUUAAUGCACUGGUUGAACAUUCUGGUCAUGUGCCUUAUAGGGAUAGUAAGCUGACAAGGCUGCUAAGGGAUUCACUUGGUGGAAAGACCAAAACUUGCAUCAUUGCAACGGUUUCUCCAUCUGCUCAUUGUCUAGAAGAAACAUUGAGCACUCUAGAUUAUGCACACCGUGCUAAAAACAUCAAGAACAAGCCAGAGGCAAAUCAGAAGAUGUCCAAAGCUAUGCUGCUCAAAGAUAUGUAUUUGGAAAUUGAGAAAAUGAAACAAGAUCUUCGAGCAGCUAGGGAAAAGAAUGGUGUCUAUAUUCCACAUGAAAGAUUUGCACAGGAUGAAGCUGAAAAGAAGUUGAAGAAUGAAAAGAUAGAGCAACUGGAGAUUGAUCUAAACAUCAGUGAUAAGGAAGUAAAUAGAUAUCGUGAGCUCUACGAAAGUGAACAAGAAAAGAGGUUGAAUUUGGAAAGUGAUCUUAAAGAUUGCAAGGCAAAUUUGGAAAACAGUAACAAGGCGUUGUUAGAUAUUCAAGAAAAACAUAGGGAAGUUGUGUUAGUGUUGAAGAAAAAAGAACAUUUCAUCUCCAAACUUCUGGAUUCAGAAAAUUGUCUAGUUGAUCAUGCAAAAGGUCUGCGGAACAAACUACAAGAUGCAUCUGAGGACAUGACAGUAUUGUUCUCCAAAAUUGAUCACAAGAGCAAGUUGGAAGUAGAAAACAAUGGGCUUCUUUUGUCAUUUGGUUGUCAACUAGAUCACAACUUAAAAGACCUGCAGGAAGUUGUUUUCAGCUCAGUUUCACAACAGCAACAGCAAAUGAGAUGCAUGGAUGAACAUAUCUCUUUGUUUCUUGAUAGUAAACAUGAAAAAACGCAAGUUUUGGAAUCAAGGAUCAAGAACAUAACAGACACAUACACUUCAGGCAUGACGGCAUUGAAGGAGCUGGUUGACUCACUACAACUAAAAAAUUCUUUCGACUUGGUCCAUAUAAAAUCCCGAAUAUCAGAGCAUAUCAUUGAAGUUGAGAAUAUUUUUGCGAAAGCUGUUAUGGAGGCAAAGAAUGCCACUAGUGAUAUUCAGAACUCUAUUGCUGAACAGAAGCAAAUGCUGAUCUUUUCUGCUCAGCAACAUGACGAGGGACUACAUAGAAGUUUGGUGUCAGCACACGAAAUCUCAAUGGCAACAAUUGAAUCCUUUAGGAACCUCAGACAACAAGCUACCAAACUCAUGGCAACUCUUGAAGAAAAUCAUAUAACUAGAUCUCAUCAGCUAACAUCAUUUGAGAAGACAUUCAAGGAAGAUGCAGCUAGAGAAGAACAGUUGGCAAUAGAAAACAUUUCAGCAAUCUUAAGGAACUUGACGGCAAAACAAACUUCAAGGGUUUCUGAGGCAUCACAAAAUAUUCAUGACAUGAGUUCACAAUAUAACACAAUGUUGCUGCAAGACGUGUCAAACGUUAUUCAAGUGUCGGAAGAUGGAACCGUUGAGAUGAAAGAAUAUUUUGAAAAGGCAAAAACUCAUUUUACCGAAGAUAUGUUUGUUUCAACUGAAAACCGGGCACUUGUGGAGAAUUGCCUCGAGGAAUGUACAAACAAGGUCGAGAAAUCUUUAGGACAUUGGAAUAACACAAAGUUUGCUAUUAAUCGCCUUAAUGAGAGCAAUAUGGAAGAGACGGAAUCGUUUAUAAGAGAAACUAUACUCGUAAAUAAUCUCAGAAGUGAAGAAAUUGCUGCAACACAUGUGUCCGUGGAUGCAAAGUUCCAAUUGGAAACUAGUGAUUUGAAAUCAUCUGUCAAUGAUUCGUUGAUGUUGGACCAAGAAAUGAAAAGGGAAUUCGACUCCAUAUCGAAGAUAUGCACGGAUCAUCUGACAUCCUUAAAAGACAAGCACAGUGACAGAACGAGAAGUAUGUUAAACCAAGCCGAGUGCUUAAAGAAAGACUAUCGGGUUGAUCACGAUUCCAGUCCAAUAAAACAUGAGAUAGAUGUGCCUAGCUUGACAUCCAUAGAAGCAAUGCGAACACCUGCCUUUGAGGGUCUUUUAGCAGCAACAGAAAUUGCUUCUGAAAACAGACAAAUAUAUGUGGAACAUGGAAGUAAAGCGAAGAAUCAUCAACGAUUAAGCUCCGGAUCUCCAAACAGAAGUCCUUUCACAGAUGUAAACUAAAUUUUGGAUUAACGAUAUUGAUAUU